UGAGAUGUUGUCUUGUGCAUUCAGAUCAUUGAUGAUUGCAGCAGACGUGUUGAAGUCUAUGCAUCAGAGAAUUGGUAACAAACUGAGAGACUGUGUUAUGUGUUUAGCCCUAGAUGCUUUUCUUACUUGUUUACAUGUGUAUUAUACAACUAGUGCUGAAUUAUCAGAGAAAAUGGGAAAUGCUGCUCAAAGCGAGAGUUUUAAGAAAACUUUAGAUAUUGUACAAUCUGAUGUCAGAACGUGGUUAAAAAUGAAAAUGGCAUUAUGUAAAAGUAAUGAGCUGUUGCCAUGUCUAAAGGCUUGGAACAGGGUACUGAGUGUUGUUGUACCUCAAGGCUUUAUCAGAGAUGAAUUUGUCAGAUUUAUUUCUGAAUGUCUCCAAGAGGCAUUGCUGCUUAAAAGGUCAUGUGAGGACGAACUUGUCAAAGUUUACUGUCAAAAUCAAGACUUGUUUUGCAGUGCAAUGCUUGAUGUACUCAGCAAACAUGUUUUUGAGUUUUAUGACAGUCAUAGAUAA